AAUAUCGGAUAGUGAAAUGCAAAUACUCUAAGCUUCCAAUGAAUUCGAACAAAUAUCAAACAAUAUAAUAGAUGCAUUUUAAAAUGACCAAAACCCAUUAUUGGUUUAAUAAAAGCUUAACAAGAUAAUCGAACAAACAACAACAGAAGAAUCAAAAUGCAAAAUCAUCAAAAGAAAUAAUCGACAACAUUAGUUCAAAAAAAAAGAAAGAAAGAAAUAAUCCCAAGCAUGUAACUUGGUAACGAAACCAAUCAAAAAUCAAUAGUAGGGGGUUUUGUAGACAUAUGGUGGUGGUGGAGACUUGUAAGUGACCUUAGGAGAAGGCGAGUAAUAUGUUGGAGGUGGUGGAGAGUUGUAAACAUAUGGUGGUGGUGGGGAGCUGUAAACAUAUGGUGGUGGUGGAGACUUAUAUUGAACCUUUGGAGAAGGAGAAUAAUAUGGUGGAGGUGGUAGAGAGUUGUAGACGUAUGGUGGUGGUGGAGACUUGUAAUGAACUUUUGGAGAAGGAGAAUAGUAUGGUGGAGGUGGUGGAGAGUUGUAGACGUAUGGUGGUGGUGGAGACUUAUAGUGAACCUUUGGAGAAGGAGAAUAGUAUGGUGGAGGUGGUGGAGAGUUGUAGACGUAUGGUGGUGGUGGAGAUUUAUAGUGAACCUUUGGAGAAGGAGAAUAGUAUGGUGGAGGUGGUGGAGAGCUGUAGACGUAUGGUGGUGUUGGAGACUUGUAGUGAACCUUUGGAGAAGGAGAGUAGUAUGGUGGAGGUGGUGGAGAGCUGUAGACAUAUGGUGGUGGUGGAGACUUGUAGUGAACCUUUGGAGAAGGAGAAUAGUAUGGUGGAGGUGGUGGAGAGCUGUAGACAUAUGGUGGUGGUGGAGACUUGUAGUGAACCUUUGGAGAAGGAGAGUAAUAUGGUGGAGGAGGUGGAGAGUUAUGCACAUACGGGCCUUGUCUUCUAUAUUGUGGUGGAGGAGGUGAUGAUGUCGAAUAGUAUGGAGAAUACUUUUUGGGUAGAUGUGGUGAUUUGUGUUGAUGAACCGGGGAAUUAUACUGUGGUGUUGGAGGUGAUGAGUAAGGAUAUGCUGCAGCAGCAAUGGCACUAA